UGUUUCCAUGGGAACCAUCCACACCACAGAGGAACAAACACCAAAGUUAGCGUGGAGUGGAAUAAUGAGUUACACCAUGCAGUCAGGCCGUGACAGUGGACUGAUAGACCUAGAAGCCCAGCUGGCCAUUAAAGAGAAGGAGUUAAAGGAGCUCCAGGCAGUGAGAGUCCAUCAACUGGAGUCUUCCCUCAAAAAGGCCCAGAAGGAGUGUUCCUCCCUGAGAGAACACCACAAACAACUGAGGGAGGAUUUCUACUUCAAUCUGGCCGUCCUGGAUGAACGGGACAGAGAGCUGGAGAGAUAUGACGUCAUAACUGCCAGAGCUCUGACUGUGAAUCACAACAGAAAAGCAGAGCUGAACCAGCACCAAAAGCAGAUUGCCAAUCUGGAGGAGCAGAGAGCCAGAGAGGCUCAGGAAAGACAGGAGGAGCUCAGCAAAAAUCGCCACAAUUCUUUCCAGCACAGACUACAGCUGGACAAGCUCAAACGCUCUAUGAAUGCUGAAAUUCAAAACCAAAUUAAGGAGUUUGACCAGAUGAAAUUGGAUUCACAGCGCAGAAUAAGAGAUGUGGAAGAACAACUGGUCCGACAGAGACAGGAGAUGACUGCUACUUUUGACAGUGAGCUGAAACAGCAGGAACAUGAGUUCAACGUGAAAAUGGAUGAGAUGCGCGCUGUGGUGUUGUCUCAUGAGAUCAAGGUUAAGCUGCUGUCUAAAGAGACUGAAGUUCACUACCAGGCUCACCUGCAGGCCACAGAGGCUCUCGAGACAUCCAAGAACCUCUGUCAGCAGAUAAAGACCCAACUACAACACAAAGACCAGGAGUUCAAAGACACCGUUGCUAUAAAGGACAAGCGGAUAAAGGAGCUUGAGGAAAAGCUGAAAAGGAUGGAGACCAACAUGAAGAAGGAGAAAGAUGAACACAGUAAGAAAUAUGAGGAUAUGGUCUUGUCCCUGGAAAAACGUAAUGCUCAGCUGGAGCUUCAGCAUCAGGCCAACCUAAAGCAGCUGCGGAAGACUGAGAAACAGAUCAUCAAGCUACAGAAAAAUAUAGACGUUCUGGCAGCACAGGCACGAUGCGUACAGGAAGAUCAGCAGAAGGCCAUGGAACAGAAAGAUGAAACAAUCCAGAGGCUUCACAUGGAGGUAGAAGCCACCCGGACUGACUGGGACCACUACAUCAAACAGGUCUCCACUGAGAUGGUUGUAAAAGAGACAGAAAUUAUCACCAUGCAGGAGAGAGAAACAAAACUCAGAGCUGAGCUGGAGAAAAACAGGGAACAAAUUGAGAGGUACAAGCAGGAACUGAGUGCUGGUUUGAAGAGAGAGAGGGCCUUGGAACAGACUAGAGUCCAAGUGGAGCUUGAUUGUCAGAGACGCUAUGAGGACAUCAAGGCUGAACACUACCUUUCCAAUGAGCAUUUAAUACAAGACCUGACUGACGCUAGAGACCAGGCUAAAGCAGAGCUGAAGGAGAAAGAACAAGAACUGCAGGGUUUGACUGCCUUAUUGCAUUCUGUUAGAACGGAGAGAGAUCAUGCAAUACAG